UCCCCGUCCAGCCCCGCCUCCACCCGGGACCCUCCUGGCACCCCUGGCUCAGCGGGCACUCAGCGGGGCGACCUUCCUCCGGGCAGCCCCAGGGAGAGCGGGAGCCCCACCUGCCCGGAGCGGGGCCGAGGAGCAGCCUUGCCGGACAGCCAAGAAUUCGCCCAGCCGCAAGUGGGGAAACCACAGAGAGGGAAGAAACGUCAACCUUUUGGAAAAACAAUUAUUUCUCUGACCGAGCGAGCGAGCGAGCCAGUUUGGGAAAUAAAAGUUUUCUCGGACAAUUCCACAGAUUGACCGGACUUAUUUGCAGGCUUCCCCUUUGCAUUUAGGAGAAGAGGGAGAAGGGAGAAGGCGAUGGCCACACUGAGCGCCUUGAGUGAGGUCCAGGCGAAACGCGUGUGGGAAUUUUUUCCCAAGAAACUCGGAGGGGAGAUGCUGCAGAAGGACGCGGAGUUACCCCAACACUGGCAAGACCUGAUUGUAACCGCAGGCUCUCUGCACUCUGGCUGGGGGGGCAGCCAGGGUCCAGAGGAACCCACUCCCUGGGACGACUCCAAGGGUUUCCUGGCCUCCUUUGAACAAGUGGCUGAGGCCUGUCGGUGGCCCCGGAAAGAGUGGGCAGCCCGGCUUUUGCCUGCCCUCCGCGGAGAAGCCGAACAAGCUUUCAGUAACCUGGAGGCUCGAGACCGGCAGGAUUACGGGAAGGUGAAAGCAGCCAUCUUGCACCGGGAUGCCCUGAGCCGGGAAAAACAACGCCAGCACUUCCGGCGUUUCCGUUACCAGGAGGCCGAGGGGCCACGCGGGGUUUACAACCGGCUCCAGGCGCUGUGCCGUCAGUGGCUGAAGGUGGAGAGACACUCCAAGGAGCAGAUCCUGGAGCUGCUGAUCCUGGAACAGUUCCUGACCGUCCUUCCUCCCGAGAUCCAGUGCUGGGUGCGGGAGAGAGGCCCUGUGUGUUGCGCCCAGGCGGUGGCCCUGGCCGAGGAUUUCCUCUGGAUGCAAAGAGAGUCUUUGAGAUGGGAACAACAGGGAACCACAGCAGAUGUUCCCUCAGUCAAGGCAGAGCUGGACUCACCUGACAGCGGAGGGAUUCUCCCAAGACCGUUCCUGGAGGAAGAGGAGAAAGCUGGAAAUUCGUGCGCAGGUGACGUCCGGCAGAGCAAGAAUGGCAAGGGACUUUUGAAAGUCACCUCGGACAAAGCCGAGCCGCCAAAGCUGGAAGAAAUACGCCCGCUGAGGAGGACAAGGAGAAACUACCUCACGGAUAAGUGUAAGAAAAACAUAACUUCCCAAGUGGCGGGAUUCCAUAACGCUUCCCUCCCCGAAGAGAAGCCGACCGAAAAGAGAAAAUACAAGUGCAACGUUUGCGGGAAAUUCUUCAGCUACAAGUCGAGCCUGAAGAUCCAUCUGAGAAUCCACACCGGGGAGAAACCGUACAAGUGCUUGGAGUGCGGGAAGAGCUUCAUCCGUAGCGACCUCCUGGCUUCCCAUCAAAGGAUCCACACCGGGGAGAAGCCCUACAGCUGCUCCUUUUGCGGCAAGAGCUUCUGCGACUUGUCCACGCUGAUCAAGCAUCGGAGGAUCCACACGGGGGAGAAGCCGUACCUCUGCGUGGAGUGCGGCAAGAGCUUCAGCCAGAAGGCGAUCCUCAACUCCCACCAGAGGAUCCACACGGGUGAGAAACCCCACAAAUGCGGCGAGUGCGGGAACAGCUUCAGCCGGAGCACUUACCUGGCUUCCCAUCAGAGAGUCCACCUGGCGGAACAGCUGCAUCAACAUGCAGAUUGUAACAUCCCGGACAAGCCCAAACUGAUUCACUCCCCCAUCGUUCCUGUGAAGGAGAAGACCUUUAAACGCCCCGAAUAUGGUCAGAAGUUGAAGCCGCAUUCGCCGUGCUUGGCCCACCAGAAAAUGUACGCCUUGGGCAAAAGUAUCAGCAUUUUUGAAUGUGGAGACAAGAUUCAGUUGGAAGCCGUGGCUUGCGAGACUUCGGAGAAGCUGAGUGAUUAGCCACUCGGCUGCUCUCCAUUGGCAAGGGGAUAUUUUUCCCCUCCCCUGGCGAAAUUUCCAAACCAGCUGGCAUUAAAGCAAUAUGGGGAACUACCACAGUUUGGGGCGGGGAGUGGGAAAAUAUUUGAACUAUUCGUCUCUUUCUGAGAGUUGUGCACUGAAGAGCUAAAAGGUGCUGCUUUUUGGGGAUAGCAAUAGCACUUAGACUUAUAUGUCGCUUCACAGUGCUUUGAAGCCCUCUCCAAGCGGUUUACAGAGUCAGCCUACGGGCCCCCAACAGUCUUGUAUCGUGGUUAGCUAUCGGUUUCUCAGGUUUCAGCCAAGGGCUUCCGCUGCCCAGCCUCCGUUGCACCUUGUUCUCAAGCCGAGAAACCUCUCACACCUGGCUGGCCAUUUGAUGAGUCUAAAUCAGGGGUCUCAAAGUCAAUUUCAUUGAGGGCUGCAUCAGGGUUGUGUUUGACCUCAAGGGGGCGUGGCCAUCUUGAUUUUACUCGUGUCGAGGGGUGUUCUGUCCCCGUCUCACACACGCACACAAACAGACAGCCGGGGGUUAAAUAAGCUGGCAGACAACCAAUUAUUUCGAUAAGAGGAUUGGCAGCAACUCAGUAGCUGCUUGCCAAGAACUUUACUCAUAAACAAAAUACACACAGUUCAAGAAUUGUCAAGUCCAGUCCGUAAUUAAAUCCAAGGCAGAUAAUGUUGUUUCCAAAGAUGCAAUGUGACUCGAUAGUACUUAGUUUUGUCCGUCACAGAGUCUGAAUUGCCACCUCACCCCCUUUUAUACCCUGUGGGGUGUGGUCCAGUGACUCAGCUUAAUCUCUGGCACGCCUCUUCUUCUGUUGCGCGCGCUUAUCUCUGCGACGCUGCCGAGGAUCCAGCCAAGACUCAUCUCCCUCAUUACUGUCCACUUGUGGCUGCAUGGACGUGCUUGGCCCCAGGCCUAUCUCUUGACCUUCGGCGGACACCGAAGGCAUUGCCAGAGAGGCGAGUCCUGGAGAGGGAGGCCUUGCCAACUCCUCUCCUUCACUCUCGGAGUCCUCUCCUGCCGAUGACACAGGCUCAGGUAACGGAGCCACAACAAGGGGCGCCGUUGGUGGCCCAAUUGCUCUGCCAUCAAAAACGGGCUCCCAAGCUCCGUUUUUGGCCACGACAGCCUCCUGCAACCCUCUGCCAGCGAAAACAGCCCUCCAGAGCUCUGUUUUCACUGGCAGAAGCACCGCAGGCCGGUCCUUUGCUGUUUCCAGGCUGGCCCCACGGGCCGGAUCUGGUCUGUGGGCCUUGAGUUCGACACCCCUGGUCUAAAUAUUGGCCCUGGCAAUCAUUGGAUAUAGAUAGUCCUCGAUUUACAACACUUCUUUUACUGACUGUUCGAAGUUACAACGCCACCGAAAAAAAGUGACUUGGGACAGCUUUUCCCACUUAACGACCGUUGCAGCAUUUUCCCCAUGGUCACAUGAUUAAAAUUCGGGCUCUUGACAACUGAUUCAUAUUUAUGACAGUUGCAGUGUCCCUGUCCUCAGUGUUCCAGGAAAACGCCAACUCCCAAGUAAAGACGCGGAAGCAAACAUCUUUCCAAAGUUCUCCUUACUAGAAAUGGCAAACUGGCACAUCUGGGAAAAAUCUGAAUCUGAAAAGCCCGGGUUUUCCUUCAGUAAGUCAAAGCUCCCAAAACCAUCCCCUUUUCCACCCAGUCGGUCACAUGCUCCAAUCAACGUCCGUUCCAUCCCGAUGCAACCCCCUGACUCCUCCUCCUCCAGAUGCUGGAUCGCCCUGACCUUGACCGACAGGAAAAAUGCUAUUAUAUCUACUAACAACCCUUCUCCUUAAUCCCCUCUCCUACUUUCCCACACAUGAGGAGGUGGCAGCAUUGAAGCUUCCGGCCUAAUAUGGCUUCCAAAGCUGACAGUCCCAGGCUCACCUGAUUCCCCUUUUGCGACCUUCUGUUAAGCAAAGUCAAGGUGGAAGCCAGAUUCACUUAACGACCUUGUUACUAACUUAACAGCUGCAGUGAUUCACUUAACCACUGUGGCAAGGAAGGGUCAUAAAACGGGGCAAAAUUCAUUUAACAAUUCUCUUGCUCGGCAACAGAAAUUUUUUUUGGGGGGUGGUCGUAAGCCGUGCUGUCAGUCGGUGGAGAAAUAUUUUCAAAGUAUUAUGUUUUUAUUAAAACAAUACAAGCGGUCA